UGGCCGCGGGAGCGCCGCCGCGUCCGCGCAAGCCCACGUCCCGGAUCGUUACACCCGCUCCCCCCCUCCCGCAGCCAGAGGCGCCCCCUUGAGACCCAGCGCGCGCAGGCGCAGGCGCAGACUGGCGGCGGCGGCGGCGGCGGUGGCUGAGGCUGCGGAGUGAAUCCCGUUUGCCCCGCCCUGCCUUGCCUUGCCUUGCCCUGCCCAGCCCUGCCCUGCUGUAGGCACCCCGGCCGCGGAGCCGGCGCUUUCAUGCCCCAGGAAGCUGUGCCCGGGUGGCUGCCGCGGAGCGGGCGGCGGCAGGAAAGUGAACAGCAGCCAUGAUAGAAGACAAAGGUCCAAGAGUGACAGACUACUUUGUUGUGGCAGGUCUCACAGAUACAUCAACUCUUUUGGAUCAAGAAAUAAAUCGUUUAGAUACUAAGUCAGCUGGGCCUAAGGCUCCAAUUACAGAUAUUGCUGUUAUUAACAAAUCAGCUGGGGAAACAGUACCUGAAGGCUACACCUGUGUUGAAGCCACCCCAUCUGCACUCCAAGCAAACUUGAACUAUGGAAGUCUGAAAAGCCCAGAAGUUUUCCUGUGUUACAAGAGAGGGAGAGAUAAACCACCCCUUACAGAUAUUGGGGUUUUAUAUGAUGGGAAAGAAAGACUUAUUUCAGGAUGUGAAGUGAUUGCUGCCACUCCCUAUGGUCGCUGUGCCAAUGUCAACAACAGUUCCACUUCUUCACAGAGAAUCUUUAUCACUUACCGAAGAGCUCCUUCAGUUCGACCCCAGAACUCCUUGGCUGUAACUGAUAUUUGUGUUAUUAUAACCAGCAAAGGAGAAACCCCUCCUCAUACCUUCUGCAAAGUUGACAAAAAUCUAAAUUGUGGCAUGUGGGGUUCCAGCGUGUUUCUAUGUUAUAAGAAGUCUGUGCCUGCUUCAAAUGCAUUAGCAUAUAAAGCUGGUUUAAUAUUUAGGUAUCCAGAAGAUGACUAUGAGUCUUUCCCACUCUCCGAAUCUGUGCCUCUCUUCUGCCUUCCAAUGGGAGCCACUAUUGAAUGUUGGGAUCCCCAAACCAAACAUCCACUUCCAGUUUUUUCAACUUUUGUUCUGACAGGUUCUUCAGCUGAAAAGGUAUAUGGAGCUGCUAUCCAGUUUUAUGAAUCCUAUUCUCGGGAACUUCUAACAGAGAAACAGCUGAUGCAGCUGGGCCUGUUGACACCCGUGGAGAGGAAAAUGGUCAUCAAAUCCAUCAAUUCAAACAAAUGCAUUUGUUUACUGUCACACUGGCCUUUUUUUGAAGCUUUUAAAAAAUUUCUUAUGUUUAUCUACAAACUCUCUGUGUCUGGACCACAUCCUCUUCCCAUUGAGAAGUACAUUUCACAUUUUAUGCAGAACAUCCCUUUUCCUUCACCACAAAGACCAAGAAUACUUGUACAGCUGUCAGUUCAUGAUGCAUUAAUAUUAUCACAGCCUGUUUGUACACCUUUACCACUAAGUGGAGCCAACUUUAGCACUUUGCUGAUGAACCUGGGUCCUGAGAACUGUGCAACAUUGCUGCUCUUGGUUUUACUUGAGAGUAAGAUUCUACUGCAUUCUCUUAGGCCAGCUGUCUUGACUGGGGUAGCUGAAGCAGUUGUUGCUAUGAUCUUUCCAUUUCAUUGGGAAUGCCCCUACAUCCCCCUUUGUCCUCUGUCAUUGGCUGCAGUGCUUAGUGCACCCUUCCCAUUCAUAGUUGGAGUUGACUCAAGGUAUUUUGAUCUUCAUGACCCACCACAAGAUGUUGUUUGCAUUGACUUGGAUACAAACAUGUUGUAUGUAUCAGAUGAAAAGAAGAACAUGAACUGGAAGCAUCUUCCCAAAAAGCCAUGCAAAAAUCUACUUGGUACCUUAAAGAAAUUGUAUCCUCAGGUUUGUUCAGUUCACCAAAAAACUCAAGAAGGUUCAGCAAUUGAAAUGACUCCAAUUGAAGCAGAUUUCUCCUGGCAAAAGAAGAUGACACAACUUGAGAUGGAAACUCAAGAGGCAUUUUUGCGAUUUAUGGCAUCUAUUUUAAAAGGGUAUAGAACAUAUCUCAGACCAAUUACAGAGGCUCCUUCAAAUAAAGCCACAGCUGUAGAUUCAUUGUUUGAUCGACAAGGAUUUUUAAAAAGCCGAGAUCGUGCCUAUACAAAAUUCUAUACCCUUUUAUCCAAAACACAGAUUUUUAUUCGUUUUAUCGAAGAAUGCAGUUUUGUAAGUGAUAAAGACACUGGACUGGCAUUUUUUGAUGACUGCAUAGAGAAGUUGUUUCCUGAUAAAGGCAUAGAGAAAACAGAUAAGGUUGAUUGGGAUUCAGCAGAAGAUACCAAAUUGAUAGAAUUAGAUGAUUCACAGAAAAGUGAGCACACUGUAUUUAUAAUGCCACCUGAGCCACCUCCCGAUGAUGGAAAGGACCUGUCACCAAAGUACAGUUACAAUUUCUUUCCAAGACUGGAUCUUAAGCUUUUUGACAGACCACAGGAGUUGAAACUUUGUUUUAGUAGACACCCUACUGGGAAUAACAUUACAAACAGUCCAGCUCUCAUGGCUAAAAGAACUAAACAGGAGAUAAAGACAGCUCAUAAAUUGGCAAAGAGAUGUUACACAAAUCCACCACAAUGGGCCAAAUGUCUGUUCAGUCAUAGUUACAGUUUAUGGUUUAUUUGUCUCCCAGCCUAUGUUAGAGUUUCUCAUCUAAAGGUCAGAGCACUUCAACAUGCAUAUGAUGUACUUAUUAAGAUGAGGAAAAUAGAUGUGGAUCCACUGGACGAGGUGUGCUAUCGAGUAGUAAUGCAGCUUUGUGGACUUUGGAGUCAUCCUGUUUUAGCAGUAAGAGUCUUAUUUGAAAUGAAAACUGCUAAAAUAAAGCCAAAUGCUAUUACUUAUGGUUAUUACAAUAAGGUAGUUUUGGAGAGCCAGUGGCCUAGCACUACCCGCAGUGGUAUCUUUCUGUGGACAAAAGUACGGAACGUGGUACAUGGCUUGGCACAGUUUAGGAAGCCACUUAAAAAGACUAUGCAAAACUCACCAGUUUCCUCAAUAUCAGCUCCUCAGAAUGCCACAGGUGGAAGUGAUGGGGACACGGUGAGCCACGGUAGCGUGGAUAGUUCUAAUGAUGCUAACAAUGGGGAGCACACAGUCUUCGUCAGAGACUUAAUCAGACUUGAUUCCAUUGAUAAUCACUCUAGCACAGGUGGUCAGUCUGACCAAGGCUAUGGGUCUAAGGAUGAACUGAUAAAGGAUGAUCCAGAAACUCAUGUGUCUGAAGAACAAGUGGCACAGGAGUUGAUAACUAAAACAAAAGUUCAGAUACAAGAUGUGAGUGAUGGGUCUGCUGUUGUGGUAAAAUAUUCACAACCUAGUCCCGAGACUCAGAGUCCUGUUGACCCUCCUGCCUGGGGCAACAGUAUUGUGAAAGCUCCGUCUGGGAUAUUUGAUAUCAACAACAGGAAAGGUAGCACUGGUAGUACAUCAAAUACAUUAUUUUCUACUCAAGAUCCACUUGAAGAUACAGUAUUUGAAGUUACUAAUUUCAAGAAGAAUGGUGACAAAGGAGAAAGAAGGCAAAAGCAUUUUUCAGAGAGGAGUUGUAGUUUUAGUUCUGAAAGUCGAGCAGGAAUGUUACUUAAGAAGAGCAGUUUGGAUUUGAAUUCAAGUGAAAUGGCUAUCAUGAUGGGAGCAGAUGCCAAGAUUCUCACAGCAGCAUUGACAUGUCCUAAGACUUCUCCACUUCAUGUUACAAGAACUCACAGCUUUGAGAAUGCUAGUGGUCAUCUAGUUGACACCAGUACUCACGUAUCUGAAAACAUUUGGGAUUCUGAACGUAGGUCAUCUACCAUGUUAGAGAUGCUUGAGGAAAGUCAAGAAUUCUUAGAGCCUGUCAUUGAUGAUAAUGUAGCUAAAACUACACCAGUUACAUUUGACAGUCUACAAAAUAAUAGUAACAGCAAUCAAUCCAGAGACUUAAAAGCAGGAUCCAAACAUCUAAUGAAUAAAAGAAGCAGUUCACAUGGUGCUGUUAAGGCCAUUGAAAGGGAAGAUGUUGAAACUGGACUUGAUCCUCUGUCUCUUUUAGCUACUGAAUGUACAGAAGAAAAAUCUCCUGAUUCUGAAGAAAAUAUACUUUCUCCAGUUAUUUCAAGGAAUCUGGCUGAUGAAAUUGAAAGCUACAUGAACUUAAAAAGUCCCCUGGGGAGUAAAUCUUCUAGUAUGGAGUUGAGUGGAGAGGGAAACACUGGUGUUGCAGCUAGUCACCCUUUAGAAAGGAGAUCAAGCCUCCCUUUUGAUCAUGGUCCACCAGCACAAGAAAAUCCAGAAAGUGAAAAGUACUCCUCUGUAGUGUCCCGGUCUAAAACUUUUACUGGGCGUUUUAAGCCACAAACUCCAUAUCGAACUCAUAAGGAUCGUUCGUCUUUAUCGGCAUUGGUACGAUCUUCACCACAUAGCCCACUGGGCUCUGUAGUAAAUUCAUUAUCAGGGCUAAAGCUGGAUAAUAUACUCUCAGGGCCCAAGAUAGAUGUCCUAAAAUCUGGUAUGAAACAAGCAGCAACAGUAGCAAGUAAGAUGUGGGUGGCUGUAGCAUCUGCCUACAACUACUCAGAUGAUGAGGAAGAAACUGGUAGAGAUUAUAGCUUCCCAGCUGGCCUAGAAGACCAUAUUUUGGGGGAGAAUGUAUCAACUAACACAAGUGUUUCAGGAUUGGUUCCCAGUGAACUUACCCAGAGCAACACAAGCCUUGGAAGUAGCAGCAGCAGUGGAGAUGUUGGAAAAAUGCAAUACUCAACAGGUGACGUUCCAUUUCCAAGAGGAAUAAAAAGGCAAGACUUUGAAAAAUCAGAUCAUGGUUCAUCUCAAAAUACCAGCAUGUCUAGCAUCUAUCAGAAUUGUGCAAUGGAGGUUUUGAUGUCAAGUUGUUCACAAUGUAGAGCUUGUGGAGCAUUAGUUUAUGAUGAAGAAAUUAUGGCUGGGUGGACGGCAGAUGAUUCAAAUUUGAAUACAACCUGUCCAUUCUGUAAAAGCAACUUUUUGCCUCUCCUCAAUGUAGAAUUUAAAGACUUGAGAGGUUCUGCAAGCUUUUUCUUGAAACCAAGUACGUCUGGUGACAGUUUGCAAAGUGGCAGCCUGCCUUUGGCUAGUGAGCCCCUGGAGCACAAACCUGUAUGCAAUUCAGCAGAACCGGACUUGAUUAACUUUAUGGAUUUCCCAAAACAUAACCAGACUAUAACAGAAGAAGCAAGCCAUACAGUUGACUCGAGUGGUGAAUUAAAGCAAGCCAGUGGAGAUGUCCAAACUAUGAAAAUUUCAUCUGUGCCUAAUAGUUCAUCAAAACGAAAUGUAUCUUUGACUCGAAGCCACAGUGUUGGAGGCCCUUUGCAAAAUAUUGACUUCUCCCAAAGACCAUAUCAUGGCAUUUCUACAGUCAGUCUUCCAAAUAGUCUGCAGGAAGUUGUGGACCCUUUAGGAAAGAAACCUAAUCCUCCCCCCGUAUCUGUGCCGUAUUUGAGUCCUCUGGUACUUCGUAAAGAACUUGAAUCUCUGUUAGAAAAUGAAGGUGAUCAGGUGAUUCAUACAUCCUCUUUCAUCAAUCAACAUCCAAUCAUAUUCUGGAACCUUGUGUGGUAUUUCAGACGUUUGGACCUACCUAGCAACUUACCAGGACUUAUUCUCACAUCUGAACAUUGUAAUGAAGGUGUACAGCUUCCUCUGUCAUCUUUGUCUCAAGAUAGCAAACUUGUAUAUAUUCAGCUGUUAUGGGAUAAUAUCAAUCUUCAUCAGGAACCAGAAGAACCUCUGUAUGUUUCUUGGAGGAAUUCUAAUUCUGAAAAGAAGUUGUCUCUUCUGUCAGAGGAACAAGAAGCCACAAGCACUUUAGUAGAAGCUAUUAGGCAGAGUAUUCGACAUAAUGAUGUGCUUAGACCCAUCCACCUGCUUUCCCAACAAAUGAAGCCAGACAUGAAAAGACAAAGGAGUUUAUACAGAGAAAUCCUUUUCUUAUCAUUAGUGUCUCUUGGAAGAGAAAAUAUUGAUAUUGAGGCUUUUGACAAUGAAUAUGGACUUGCGUACAAUAGUCUGUCUUCAGAGAUUCUUAAAAAAUUACAGAGAAUUGAUGCCCCACCAAGUAUCAGCGCACAGUGGUGCAGGAAGUGUUUUGGAGCACCUCUCAUUUAAGAUUCCUUUGGAUUCUAACACAAAGUGCCAGGGGGACAGUCCGAUUGUGUCUGGAAACAUUAGAAGUGCUUUCCAAAUCCUAAUUGAUGAAAACUGAGAUAUCUGGAAUGGUAAUUCAUACUGAAUUGUCUCAAAAUGCCACUAAAAUGUCCUUAGAUUUAUUGAUGUUGAAAAGUUUCAACUCCAACUGUUUCUCUGCUGCAAACUUGUUUUUUGGAUUUCACAGUAUUUGUAGUUUAGUAGUAGUGAAAAGAAAAUCCAGUCAUCUUAAGCAUUUGUUUAUAUUUGUUCAUAUUUGAAAGGUUUGAGGAAUGGCAAAUCAUACUUGCCUAACCUCGAAAUAAAUGAAAUAUUUCAAUUUUAAGAGCAACUAUUGGUGUGACUAUAUAGUAGGGGAGCUGUGUAGGUUUGUGUAUACAUGUAUAUUUAUUAAAAUACUUAAAUUGCGUGUUGCAAUAGUUUUCUGAAAGGGUUGUUUCAUUGCCUAUUAAAUGACUACUGCUAAACUAAUCUGUAGUCAUUAAUCCCUAAAUUACCUAGAAGUCAUGACAACUGCCUUGAUUUAAAAUUUUAAUAUAUAUCACUUUUUUAUUAUGAAUUAUUUUGCUUAAUGAAUUAUAUCUUGAAUAUCCAGGUACUUCCGUCUUCUUCCAAUACUGUGUUCAUUUGCAAUGGCCUUAAAAUUCAUAACAGUUAUUUGGGACAAGCCUAAAAUGCACACAUGUAUAGUUUUCUGUCCUGAAAUCUUUUUUCAGGCACAUAAAUUGGUCACUUUUUAAAAACCUGUGGGAUAAACUUGCACUGCAAACAUGUUUUAUUCUUGUACAAUAUUUAGAUUUAUAUGCUUUUGAGUAAAAAUGUGCAUUUGUAAAUAUUGUGUUUUUUUUUAGGUUGAAUUAAAUCUUAAAACUGAAGCUCAUUGAGCUUGUUGCCAGUAGGUUUAAGAAAUUAUGACCUCACAUGCCUUACUUUCGACACUUAUCAUGCUUUUUGUUCAAAAUAUCCACUAAGAAGUGUUUGCCUUAACUCUACAUGGCUUAAGACCCAAUGAAUGGUUUGUGUGUGAAUUUACAAUAAUUAUGCAGAUGACUAAAUCAGUUGACACAUAAAAUAAUUACCUCCACCUGGUACACCUAACAGCACAAAUUCUUCUAUAUAACCUUUUAAAAAUUAGUGUAUCAGUGUUUCAGCAUUUAAAGUUCAGUCAGAAUGCUAAAAAAAAAAAAAAUUAACAGAAUUGUGUACAAUCUUUAUUAACUUCAAAAUGGACCUUUUGCACUGUCUCAGGAGUAUAUAUUUUUGCAGUUUGUAACACUUAUUGACCCAACAAACUUUGGAUUUAACUUGCAUAUAAAACUUGAGGCUGAAUAAAAUGAAAAAUAAUUUUAAAUUCA